UAUACCAAAAUGGAAAAAUUGACCAAUUUCGUCUCUCAAACGUUCGAGACAAAUCUCAACGAGCUCAAAUUGACGAACGGUUGCCUCAAUCUGACAAAUCCGGUGAAAACGGAAAAUUCCGGUAUCCCGGAAGAAAAUCAGAGCCAGAAUAGCGAACAAAAACGACCGAAAAAUUGGCUGAUUAGUGAUAUUUCUCGAGCAGCAUCUUCAGAAAAUAGUUCGGACAGCGAAGCUGGAAACGUGGUUUGUUUCAACAACAAUUUCAACCUGAAAAUUGUAUCGAAAAGUAGUUACGGUUCACCAGCUUCGUUCGAUGUUAGAAAAAGUGAUACGAAAAAUGAAAGUGACAAAAAACAAUCCAAUGAUAACAUGCUUAAGUCUAUGGUCAACGAGGACAAUAAUGUUGCAGGGUCGAAAGACAGCAAUUGUGAAAACAUCGAAGAUCUAUCGGACAAAAACCGAUCUGAGGUGAACCAAAAGAUUCUUACUAAGCAGAGAAGAUCUAGAACAAAUUUCACUCUGGAGCAGCUCAAUGAAUUGGAGAAAUUAUUCGAUGAAACACACUAUCCUGAUGCCUUUAUGAGAGAAGAAUUGAGUCAGAAACUAGGACUUAGUGAGGCAAGAGUUCAGGUAUGGUUCCAAAAUCGCAGAGCAAAAUGUAGAAAACAUGAGAGUCAACUACACAAAGGAAUGAUAAUGAACAGUCAGUGUGAGACUUCUACAAGUUCAACUCUGGAACAAUGCAGAAUAGUUCCCUUCAUGAAUGUAUCAGCUGCCUUGAGAGGAUUAGCAUUACCAGUAGAUUCAGUUUCUCUAACAAACUGCGAAAGUGUAUCUACGAAAUUGUUUUCAUACGCAGAUACUACUGCUUUCACUUCCUUCGAUUCGUCAUUUCUAUCUGCUGCACAUCACUAUGCCACAGCAGUUGCCAUGAAUGAGACAUCUACAAGAAUAUUCUGUCAUCCCAGAUACUCCCUAGGAUUUGCAGCCAUUUCAGAAGCUCACAAAAAUUCUAGUAUAGCAGAUUUAAGAUUGAAAGCCAAAAAACAUGCAGAAGCGAUACGAUUAGCAACUACUUCCAAAGAAAAUAACUCGCAUUAGAUCGAUUUGAUGUACGUCUUCUUUCAUUGGUGGAAUAGGUAUACAAAAUUUCUAUUUCUUGCAAAGCAUCUUGAUUUCAAACAUUCCAAAAAAAAGAUACAAUUGAAAUAUAUGUAGUUGUUAUUGUUGUAUAACAUUUAGCUUCAUACCAGUAAAAUAGCUGGAAUGACACGUGUGGAGAUAGCUAUUUGUGUAUAAAGAGCGCAAAAUUAUAUUGUCAAUUGAAAGAGACAGUCUUGAAAUCGAUAAUAAAGUUGCGCUCGAAUUACACACAAAAAUUUUUCUACAAUCGAGCAGUUCACAUAUUUAAUUUGAUGAAUGAAAAUUAAAAGUACAGUUUUCACAAAUUUUAUGACAAUUCCAGUCGCUGAAGAAAGUCUAGAUGAGUUUGAAAUUAUAUGUUCCGCCAUUGUUACUGAUUCAACAUUUACCCAAGAUUUCUGUGUGUCGUUUCAAUUUUAUUGUUAAUACUUAAUCAAUGUAUCCCUUAGCUGAAGAAGAACUUUUCCAACCUCCAUGAUGUUUCACAUGGAUGAUAACACCUUCUCCUUCAACUCAAAGAGUAUUUGACGAAAACAGUGACCUGUGACAAAGUGACUUUCUUCGAAAGAGAGCCUACUUUGGAUAUCGAUUGUAGAAAAAAAUAUUAAGUACAUAUUACCAAUACUGAAUUUUUCAAAUCAAGAAACAUCGAUGUUUUUUCGGUUUGAAUAUGUCCCGAAAGAGUUUUUGCUUACAUGUUCCUCUAAAUUUCAGAAUGAACGAAUGAAAAAAUGUAGAUAUGUAUAAAUGUAUAUACUCUGUUUUCCUAUUUUGCUAAGCAUGUAGAAAUUGUUUAUUUAUUUACAUUUUAUUGAACGUUCUACUAACGUUAAUUUCUCUGUAGUGCCAUUCAUUAUAGCAGAUCAAUAGUGUAUGUUUAUGAAUAAAAUAGAGAAUAAGUGAUA